AUGCUCCUCACAACCCCCCUCACAACCUUCCUCUCCCACAACACCACCCCCCAACUGCCCACCCUCCUCCUCCUCACCCCCUCCGGCCUAGUCCUCUCCAGCGCCUCCCCCCUCCCCGCCUCCCUCCUACGCACCCAAGCCACCGCCGCCAGCACCCUGUGGUCCCUCUACCGGCCCUUCGACCGCACAAGCAACGCCAUGCACAGCGCAUUACCUUCAGACCCGUCCUCAUCCGCCCUCUCCAGCGACACCGUAACCGACGACGACAUAUCCUCCAUAACCGUCCAGCUCGCCCACGGCACGAUGGUCAUCCGCGAACUAUCCUGCGGUCUGAUAUUCGUCGCCAUCGGACCUACCUCUGCGCCUCCAAACCACAUGUCUUCACCCUCACCAUUACCAACUGCCCACACCACGACCACCUCACCGCCUUCCUCGCCGCCAGCACAACAUCUUGCGCCGAGCGAGCUUGGGGAACGUGUGAGCUCCGGUGGUUCAUUGAAUAACAUCCAAAGCAGCACGCCCUCGAUAGCCGGGAGCGUAGGCAGUUCAGUGGCAGGCGCGCGACAACAGGCGGGGAUUCUGAAGAUCAAGAGGAGGGCGGAUGAGGUGGGGAAGUGGUUGGAGGGGCAGCUGAGGGGGUUUGUGUUGAGUGCUGGGGAACGUUGA